AUUCGUGUACUACUUGUAGGCGCUGUUAUAGUUGAACAUGAGUUCGUCAGCCCGCCGAUAAAGACACGGCACGAUGUACCCGGCUUGAUCACCCAGAGUGAUAGGACAGUGGCGUGACAGGUUGGAGGACGGGCUCGAGAGCAGGCAGUCGCAUCGGGCAGCAGCGGAGUGUGUAGGUACUACCGAAACCGAGUAGCAAGAUUCCGGCACAGUCCGCAGAGCGCAUCCGGCUGAAUUUCAGACUAAAUUGUACCGGAUGUCCAGGCUGACAUGCCAGUACGUCGGGUUACCUAUGUAUUGCCUGCAGGGGAUGCACCAACCGCUCGACGACCGUCCGAUCGAAGACCAACCGAUAUCUGUUUCCUGCAGCAGAAUUCUCUUUUCGGACACAUUCUACGCCACGCUGGGCCCGUCGUCAAUCGACACCACCUCGUCGCAAAACUCAUCGUUACGACGGAAGUUUUAGUUCAGAGGUUUACGGUGAUCCAUAAUGGCAUUAAUACUCGUGGCCCUCCUCACACUGUUGUGCCAGAAGGUCCACCACAGCAAUGCUUUCAACUCUUUCGCUGGACCUUAUAUAGUUGUCAUCGAGGAUCGGGGUGCCUACUCGUGUGAACUACCCAAUAACCACAUUCUGUGGGGAUGGCAUUGGCGAACAAGUCACUUUAAUCCAAAUAGACCAAGAGAAAAACAACUACUGACUGGUAACAUAACAGGUCUAAAUGUAACUCUUGACGACAGCUGGUCGGCGACAGUAAGCAUGGAUUCUUUAUCAAAUAACCAAUGGAAAGAAAACGCUCUUGUAUUUCCUUGGAAAAGUAAGGCAUGCACGAUUUUUAAACAAAAUAUCCCUUCCCUGUACAACAUUUUUUACAAAAAGACAGAAAUUAAAGGCGAGUGCAGAUUCAAACCAGGAGUUUACACGGCCAAUAACGCCCCCUUGGAUUUGGUAUUUCCAAACUUCCCAAUAUUGCCGUAUGGACGCUACAGAAUAAGAGCCACGGCUGGCAAGGACGAAAACCUGUUCGCAUGUUUCGCAGUAUAUGGAAGAGUAAUACCUAAAAUGUACUAACAUUGAGCAGCUACUACAAUGAUAUGAAGUGUACUGUUCAUCCUAUUACUGGAUGUUUCGGAUGGACAAAGUUGAUGGACUUUUGAACAGAGCACACGGAUUAAUUACAGUCGUUCGGUAAUAAUCAUUAUUUCUCCGUAAAUUACGACUCAAGCAUAACGUUUUAAAGACUCAAAGUUUGGCAGGGAGCACCGUACACAACAAUCACCAAUUCAGGAAGACCACAUUUAUGGUUCUCACAAGCAUAUGUGAAUGUUGCAUCAACUCGCAUCAACAACGUGUUAUGGCGCUCAUGCUCUUUCGCGGUGUGCCCCUGCUAAUCAUUUUUUCGGCGUUAGUACCUUGUCUAGAACACAUGAAGCAUUCGAGUUUUCCGUCCCGUACACGAGCGAGCACGACUGCGCGAGUCCCGUUGCGUUUCAGCGCGCGCAUACAGCCUUCUUGUUCCAACGCUUUUACCACUGAAAAAUAUAUUUGUACAUGUACGAUAUAUUUUGUAAUUUGCCAUUUACAAUACGAGUCGUAAAUGUACAACCUCCCACUGUCGCUCGAUAUUCGAUUCCAAGUCGAUACAUAGGGCUAGUAAAUUGUACAAUUUUAGAUUGUACUUGUACGACUUCUUCCAUGGAAAAUUUUCCUGUACCCGGUACGACAAUUUUUCACAGUGUACGGUGUGCGCUGGGUCGCGGCGUGU